UAUUGGCUGUCCUGGCCCUGUGCACCAUUGGGCACAAGGAAGGGUGCUAUCAGUGCUGUGGGGUCAGGAGGGACCUAAUGGUUCCAGACUGAUGAGGAAAGUGGUGCUGGGGUCUGAGGACAGAACUGCCUGGGCCCUGCACCUGCUCCAGCCCAUCUCCAGCUGAGCCCUGCAGCCUGGCACUGUGCCAGCAGCAGGCUCAGCAGGUCCCGGGUGUGGUGGUGGCCAGUGGGGGAGGCAGCUCCAUCCACAUAGGCACGCCGCAGAGCAGGCGCUGAGCAUAUCUAGGGCGGAGCAGAGAUCCGGGCAGCAGAGCCCCGUGAGGUGAGCGGCCAUGAGUCCUCUGCUCUACUACGCAGUGCCUGCCCUGGGCAGCUAUGCCAUGCUCUCCAUCUUUUUUCUGCGCCGGCCACGCCUGCUGCACGCACCCAGGGAACCAACCUUCCAGGCCCGCCUGGCUGCCCAUCGAGGAGGCUCCGGGGAGCUGCUGGAAAACACGCUGGAGGCCAUGGAGAACUCUAUGACCCAGCGAGCUGACCUGCUGGAGCUCGACUGCUGGCUGUCUCGGGAUGGCGUGGUGGUGGUGUCCCAUGAUGAGAACCUGUCUCGCCAGUCAGGCCUGAACAGGGACGUGGGCAGCCUCGACUUUGAGGAGCUUCCCCUCUACAAGGAAGAACUGGAGGUGUACUUCUCUCCUGGCCACUAUGCCCAUGGCUCGGACCGGCACAUGGUGCGUCUGGAGGACGUGUUCCAGAGGUUCCCCAGGAUGCCCGUCUCAGUGGAGAUCAAGAAGGACAAUGAAGAAUUAAUCCACAAGGUAGCAGACCUGGUGAGACAUUUUGAUCGCAACAAAAUUACCAUCUGGGCCUCGGAGAAGAACUCCGUCAUGAAGAAGUGCAAGGAAGCUAACCCUGAGAUGCCCUUCUCCUUCACAAUUAGUCGAGCAGUCUGGAUGCUGCUGCUCUACUACCUGGGGUUGCUGCCCUUUGUCCCCAUCCAUGAGUCUUUCUUCCUCUGCUUCCUGCCCAGCAUCAUCAACAGGACCUAUUUUCCCUUCUCCUCCUCUGUGAUGAACCGGCUAGCAGAGGUGCUUUCCAGAUGGGUCAUCAUGCGCAAAAGUCUGAUCCGGCACUUGGAGCAGCGAGGGAUACAGGUGGUGUUUUGGUGCCUUAACCAAGAGUCGGAUUUUGAAACAGCCUACCAGCUGGGCGCCACGGGCGUCAUGACUGAUUACCCCACUGCCCUGAGACACUAUCUGGACAGCCAUGGAGCCACCUAAAUCCGAGCAAUCUGAGUUCCUCACCCUCACCAGCCUCUCUUCAAUAAAUAUUAUCAAAUAUUA